AUGGAAGCGUCCAAGCGCAUUUUUCAUCUGUUCCCCCAGCUGCCAGCUGAGCUACGGCUGGCGAUCUGGCGUGAAUGCCUUCCACGCCGGGUUUCCGAGCUAGACUGUCCACUCCCGGACGAGGUCUAUGAUUGGAUCAAACCGGUCCCGUGCGACCUGACGCACACGUCGUUAGCAAAUCGAUGUCGGCCUAUGAUCGCUCUAGUUUGCCGCGAGGCACGAGCAGUGGUCUUCGAGACAGGGUUGCCGAUUAUCGAGACUGAUGACUUUCUAGUCCCCGACGAAUGUGACUGGACAGGCUUUAACGAGCUGGAGCAGUGGAUCGACCCUACACGAGACUUGUCACAUCUGAACUAUUGCCCCGGUUACGAAUACCAGUACUGCGUUGACGGAAACCCCCUCUUCGAUCUUGUUUGGCAGGCUAGCUGGGUGCAUCGUGGUGGCUCGCUUCGCCUACCACUAUUUAAGUACUGUGACACGAGCGACCUACAACUCUUACAGAGACGACCUAGCUGGGUUGUUGUAAUGCGGGUGUUGGUGGUACACGCGAGCCGGAGAGUCGGGGCGUCGUCGGGCUUGUUCGGGCUCUUGGGGGACGCGCCCGUGCAAGUGGUCGAUGUAAAUGACCAAGCGAGAGUGACGGCCCUUUUCGACUUAGCGGAGGGAUGUGAACGAGAAGGCAACAUCAGGGUCCGUCAGACGUUCUACAGAGAAAGUCCAGAGGCUCUUUCGCGGGAGUUACAUGACCUCGUGGUCAAGCGAUUCGGCUCCCAACAAAAAGCGCCAAAAAUGCAUCCAGCACUUAUGUUUCGACUUUGUACAAAAAUGUGCAAUCAUUCGGGCUCAGCAGAUGCUGAACGUUGUCCUUGA